AAACGGAGAGGAAGAGAAGAACUCAAACGUCACCACUGUCGGCACUGUGACAAAUCCUUCAAAAGAUCUGGGCAUUUACAGAUUCAUCAGAGAGUUCACACUGGAGAGAAACUGUACAGCUGUGACCAGUGUCGGAAAACUUUUACUCAGUCAGGUAGCCUAGAAGUCCACAGACGUAUUCACACUGGAAAGAGACCAUACAGAUGUGACCAGUGUGGGAAAACUUUUACUCAGUCAGGUAGCCUAGAAGUCCACAGACGUAUUCACACUGGAAAGAGACCAUACAGAUGUGACCUGUGUGGGAAAACUUUUACUCAGUCAGGAAGCCUAGAAAUCCACAGACGUGUUCACACUGGAGAGAAACCGUACAGCUGUGAUCAGUGUGGGAAAGCUUUCGCUAGAACAGGUGACCUGGCAAAGCACCUGCGUGUUCACACUGGAGAGAAACCGUACAGCUGUGACCAGUGUGGGAAAGCUUUCGCUACAACAGGUGACCUGGCAAAGCACCAGCGUGUUCACACUGGAGAGAAACCGUUCAGCUGUGACCAGUGUGGGAAAGCUUUCGCUACAACAGGUGACCUGGCAAAGCACAGGCGCAUUCACACUGGAGAGAAACCAUACUGGUGUGACCAGUGUGGGAAUGCUUUCCACAUCAAGUGGCUUGGUAAAGCACAGACGCGUUCACACUAG